CACAAUUCCUACGAGCCGAUACACUAUCUGUUCUGCUCCGGCUUUAUUCGAACUCAUAGGAUCCCACUUGGACCGCUACUAGAAUGUGCUGAGCGAGGGAAGUGUCGCCAUAUUUCCCGAAUUGACAUUCUUCGACCACGGUCGAUUUAAUCAAUCCCUCGCCGGUUCGAGUGUCUCCAUUGUGGGGACCACAUCUUUGCUCCUGUUGCAGCAUGUCCUAUGCUCCACCCAAAAUGUCUUGUUGGCUUGCGCUUCAACGACCCCAAUUUCGGGCGCAGAAAACCUCAUAUUGUGGUGCUUGUGGAUGAUGAUGUCACCGUGGGGGUAUCGUAAAAGGAUCUCGCAUCCCUCUCCCGCGCUAUGCUUCUCCCUAAUGAACGGUGUCCCGGCUGCAUAUCUCGACAACCCUCGCUGACAGAAUGGAAGCCCUGAAAACGCCAACGCGCCGUCCGUAUCAUCCUGCCGCACCAGCGAAGCGCUCGGAGUGGGCGAUGUGGGUGGGAAACGUGCCCAAAGAUGCGACUGAAGAAGAGUUGUGGGACCUGUUCACCGGCUCGCGCGACCACGGUGUUCAAUCAAUGAUCCUCCUCUCGCGUACGAAAUGCGCGUUCGUCAACUUUGUCUCGGAGGCCCAUCUAGCCAUUGCCGUCGAACGAUUUGAUGGGAAGCAGCUUCGCCCGCAUUCGCGUCGCGCUCCAUUGGUCUGCCGUGUUCGAGGGCGGGAAGAAGACCUCCAGGCGGGCGUGGGCAUUCAGCGAGGGAUGGGAUUGCAUAAAGAAUGGGUUGAUGCACAGCGGUCCCAUGGCCACGUUGACCGACUGGAUAGCCCGAUCUCCGACGCGUCCACAUCGUCAAGUUUCCUGCAAACACACUUUCCCCAGCGAUUUUUUGUCCUGAAGUCACAUUCCAGGCGCGAACUGGACCGUUCCGUGGCCGAUGGACUCUGGUCCACCCAGAGUCACAACCGGGGUGUGCUUGAGCAGGCAUCUCGUACCGCAGAGGAGACGAUUUUGUUCUUCAGCGUGAACAGAAGCGGGGAGUUCUAUGGAUAUGGGCGGUACUCCAAUUCGCAUCCUACCUAAUGGCAACGAGCUGAUGGCCGCUGCAGAAUGAGGCGCUCGAAGGCGGUCACCAAAUCUGCCGAUGACCUACCUCCGCACACGAAUAUUGCUGAAAGGUCUCCGAGUCCAGUCACUCCGGGCCCGACACCUGUCCCACCCGAGAUCACCCAGUCGGCGCCCAGUGCUUUGGCAGCGCGUACUGCCGAUGUCGAAGAAAUGCGCGAAACAGGCCGGGACGUUCCCCCCCAGCAUAGUCUUGAUCAAUUGCUCCGGCGCCCUCGAAAACUCGAGGGCGAGGAUGUACAGAAGGUCUCCAAUCUCGGGGAAGAGAAAGAUGAAGAUGAGCCGAGCAAUGCGUUCCUCGUCGAGUGGAUCUGCGUGGCACCAUUGCCCUUCAGAUAUACAAGACAUAUCGUCAAUCCAUGGAAUCGAGGACGGGAGGUCAAGAUUUCGAGGGACGGGACAGAACUCGAACCUGGGGCAGGUCAAGCCCUUCUCCAUGCAUGGCGGGCAUAUACCCAAUGAUUAGAUUGCACGCUUAUCUCAUGUACCUCGCAGAUCUCAAGAGAUUGUGGUUUCAACAUUUAGUUCCGUUGAUGCCAAGAACAGCUUACGAAAAUGUCACGAUCCAAGCCCUAGACGGUCGACCUGCGCGUCCAGAUUCUGGGUCUCCUCCGUCGUAAUCCAGCGAGCGUGUUGUUUGGAUUCUUACUGUCUCGCGACUACGUCGAGGGCUGAACGUCAUCGUCACCUGCUCUUCACGAUUGAUCGAGGCACUUGCCGCUGGGACAUCCAACUACCACCCGCCUUCCCUUCGCUGUCCCCGUCUGAAAAACAUCAUGAAACGUAUCGAGAAGCACCGCAACCACGGGGCCUCUGUCUCCUAUGGAGCCUGUUGGCUCCAUCGCUGCGUCAGAGAUUCUUUGCUUUAUCGGUAGAAGGGUGCGUGUCGUCAGAUAAGUCGAUGGAUCGUACUGUGGACCGUUAAACCCCGCUGCAAAAAGUCGGAGUCAGCGCCGACCUCUUUGUUCAGGGGAUCGUAGCUGCCUAGAUUAUGGUCUUCGCAUACAAUAACGCACGCGACACGCUUAGGAUCAGGAUUUUCUCUACAGGGCUGUCGUUGACGGCAUUGAAAACCAUCGAGACACUAUACGCGCAGGCGCAGCCUUGGCUCAUGAAAGCAAACUGAUUUAUAAGAUAUAUGGGGCGUUUCUAUGGAUACAGAGCAUCGCGAUCUACGGUGACCCACAAACCGCGGUACACUACUGGUCAACAAGCUGGGUGACACAAAUAGUCGGAGCGCUGGAGGCCCGCGUAUCGUUUUAUGUUUCAGUUGUUUCUCUGCCAGAGGCUCUGGGAGCGUUCAUGGAUCUCCGGUUCCAUACCUCUUCUCCUCAUCCGCUUAAAAAUUGAAUUUUAGACGCAGGUCAUUUCCCACAACAGUCACUGGUCGUGCUCUUUCACUGAUUUUCCCUCGUUGCAAAUCUCGUGGCGGUGCGUUUCGAUUACCCGAGUCGGAGCACGCG